AUGAUCACAAUUAAAUCAGGCCUUCGGGGAAGACAGAUCUUGAGAUGUUUGUCAAGCCCAGCUCAGACUGUACCAGACUAUUCACAUGCUGUAAUUGGAGCCGGAGUUGUAGGACUGGCUGUUUCUGCAGAACUCUCCAAAGUUCCCGGGAAUAGAGUUCUCUUGAUUGAGAAAAACUCCGAUUUUGGCAUGGAGACUUCUAGUCGAAAUUCAGAAGUGAUACAUGCCGGCCUGUAUUACCCAGUUAAUUCGCUCAAGACCAGACUUUGUCUCGAGGGAAGUCAAAUAAUUUACAAUGAGCUGGACAGCUACAAGACGGGAGUCGAAUGGUCUAAAUGCGGGAAAUGGGUUGUUGCCCAGACUGAUGCAGACGACUCUUACUUGGAGACCAUGUAUCUCAAGGCGAAACAAGAACUUGGGCUUCCGGUUGAGAUGUUACCUUCAAACAAGACGCAAUGGGUUGAACCGGCAAUUACAGUUCGGAGAAGCGUUUUAAACUCUCCAACUUCGGGAAUUAUAGAUUCUCACUCGCUUAUGACAUAUUUGUCUACUGUGUUCGACAACAACGACGGAGACCUCGCCGUCGGAUCAAAAGUCGUGGAUCUCGAGUAUCAAGAUAAGAAAGGUUACUUGCUUUCUUGUCAGGAUACUGUCAACGAGAGCCAAGACACCGCGAGCAUCUUGGUUGAAAAUAUUGUUAAUACUGCUGGGUUGCAUGCGCAUCAUAUUGCCAACAUGCUUUUGCCAGCAGACCGACAAGUUAAACAAUUCUACGCAAAGGGUAAUUAUUACUAUUUAAAAGGAUCUGGUUUCCCUCCUGUGCGUCGGUUGGUGUAUCCUGUACCUCCACGAAAUGGUAAAUCUUUGGGAACGCAUCUCACUAUAGAUUUGCAGGGAAGUAUCCGCUUUGGUCCCGACCUAAAUUACGUGGACAACCUGGACGAUUACACCGUGAACUCUGCCAAUAUCCCAAGAGCAUACGAAGCCAUUACGACCUACUAUCCGCACAUCCAGCCCAGUGAUCUGCAACCCGCGUACAGUGGUAUUCGGCCCAAGUUAGCAGGACCUCACGAUCGAAGUUUCAAGGACUUUUAUAUCAAGGAAGAACCUGGUUUCCCAGGUUUCGUAAACCUUCUGGGAAUCGAAAGUCCUGGUCUGACCGCAAGUAUAGCAAUUGGACGUUAUGUGAAACUGUUGUAUCACGGCUCUAGGUGA